CUGCUGUCUGACACUAAGAUUUGGACUAAGGCAGGAUUUGAAACCGAUAAGGAGUUUAAUCCAACCUCUGGCCGACUGGUCUGCGCAUACUUUUACAGUGUGAGGAUGCACACCACUCGCAGCCCUGCGUCCAUCCGGUGCGGGGGUGCAGGUGAUGCGCUGGACCUCAGCUUGAGCGGCUCACAGCUCUCCGUCUCCAAGAGGCCAAGCAGCGCGUCGCCGGGGAAACACUUCGCCCGCUCCGUGUCCGUCUCCGUCGCCAGCGAGGGACGUUCCAAACGCAACACUCUGGGAGAUGCUGCCUUCAGUGGAUCGCGCUCCAUCAAGAACCUGCGACGCUCCAACAGCACAACGCAGGUGAACCACCAAGCCAGCCUGAGUGAGGAGUGUUCGGAUGACUUCCUGGCCCUGUUUGACAGCAGCUCUGAUGGACGACGCAAACUGGCCAGCCUGACUAAGGCCAGCCCCGACCGCACCACAUGGAAUAUACUGGAUGACCAGCCGCGUGCGUUUCCUCUGCCCAGCAGCUCCCGCAGUGUGGGCAGCAUGGAGUCGUCUCCCCCGGGCCCCCCCAGGAGGAGAGAGGAGAGAGGAGGAGGUGGAGGAGGAGGAGGAGGAGGUGGUAGCAGUGGCAUCACCCUGGCUCCCAACUUUACUGCCACCGCCAACAACAGGAGUAAUAAGGGCGCGGUGGGCAACUCUGUUACCACCAUCCUGCACAACAACCACUCUGAGAAGCCGCUCACACCGAAGAGCUCCAAUCAGAAGCCAGCUUUCAAUAACAUCAUCAAGGCUACGGUGCAGGAUGAGAGCCCCCUGGAUAACGGCUCACUGACCAAGUCCCAGAAGAACUUCUCCUCGUCCUCAUCAGCGUCCAAUAACAACGCAGCUCUACGCAGCCCAUCGCAGCCACGCCCCCGACGACAAGAAGUCAGCGAGGAGGAAGCUGAGAGGUUCAUCCAGCAGGUCAACCAGGCCGUAAUGACCAUCCAACGCUGGUACCGUCACCACAUGAGGAGACGCCAACACCAGCAGAGCCCAGAGGUGGCCAUCAGACGCCUACUGGUCACUAAGAAGAAGGAGCGUGAGCAGAGACAGGUGGAGGUUGAGCGUCCGACAGAGAAGAGACGCGAUGAGGACAGAAAACGCACCAGAGAGGAGAGGGCCCGCCAAGCACGCCUAGCAGCCAUACAGGAGCUGCAUCAGAAGAGAGCCCAGCGUGCGGCCGAGGUGGCUCUGGUGGCGGAGGCGGAGCUAGAGGCCCUGAGGCAUGCUGGGAAGGCGGGCCGCAAGAAGCCCUCCAAGACCACGCCCACCAACCAGCUGGCUCCACCCACCAACCAGCUGGCUCCGCCCAGCCCACACUCCGACACUAAGUCCAAGAACAAUGACUCGAAUGUAAACGUGGUGUCGGAGCUGGACGAUGUCCCCAUCCCCCGCAUGUUGUCCCCGGCACCCAGGGGGGUGUCACCUGCGCUCUCUGGCCGACGCGACUCACAGUGCUCCCAGGAGAUCCUGGAGCGUUCGGUGAGUAUGGAGGACCACAGGCAGGUGGCGCCACUGAGUUUGAGUCGAGCUCAGUCCAAGACGACGCUACACGACCUGCUGGACACCAUUAAACUGCUGGAGGAGGAGCCGGAGACGCUGCCACAGCACAAGAGCUACCGCAAGGAGAAAUACGCCUGGAUAGACGAGGAUGGUGACUCCACGUCUCUGACUGCUGAUAAUCUGGAGCGUCAUGGUCAGCUGAGUGCGGUGCAGGUGCCGGCCCUGCCUGAUGGUGGCGCCACUCUGCUCUCGGAGGCCAAACUCCAGAGCAUCAUGAGCUUCCUGGAUGAGAUGGAGAAGUCGGAACAGGAGAGACCGCGAUCCGUCACCUCGGGGGAACACAGAGAGGUGCUGUUAUCGGAAGAGGAGUUGGUGGGUGUUGACCAGGCGUCGGCCACAGCUGCGGAGGUCACCGGAACCGUCAUGAGGCUCAAGAUGGAGCUGGAGGAGAAGAGACGCACCGUCAACAUGCUACAGGCAGCGCUGAACCAGCAGCGUGAGCUGACUAUCCGGCACGUGAAGGAAACAGAGAAGGAGCUGAACCAGAAUAUGCAGCAGCAGAGAGAACAAUAUGAGGCAACGAUACAGAGACACCUCAGCUUCAUAGACCAGCUGAUAGAUGAUAAGAAGGCGUUGAGUGAGCGUUGUGAGGGCGUCGUAGCUGAGCUGAAGCAGGUGGACCAGAAAUACACCAAGAAGAUCUCCCAGAUGCAGGAGCAGCACGAGAUGGUGUGGCAAAUUCUGGGUCCGUUGUGUGAGGAGAUUAAGAAGUUGAAGGAGUUGAUGAGUGCUACUGAGAAGAUCCGGCGUGAGAAGUGGAUCGACGAGAAGACCAAGAAGAUCAAAGAGAUCACCGUCAAAGGUUUAGAGCCAGAGAUCCAGAAGCUGAUCUCUCGCCAUAAGCAGGAGCUCCAUAAGCUGCGUGUGCUGCAUGAGGCUGAGAUAUCGCGUGCGGACGAGAGAGCAGCGCAGAGAUACCUACAGCAGACGGAGGAGCUGAGAGCACAGCUGGAGCAGGAGAGAGACCAGCAGUGUCACCGGGAGAGAGAACUGGCCAAGCAGAGGUUUGAGAAGCAGUUGGCUGAGGAGGAGGUGGCUCUUCAACAGCAGAAGAGGAGACUCUAUAAGGAGGUGGCAGAGGAGAAGGAGAGACUCACACAACUAGCCAACAGGCAGCGUGCGGAGCUGGAGGAGUUGAGAAAACAGCUGGAGGACAACAGCUCACACGCUGGCAGAGCACUCCGAGAGGAGAUGGAGAAGAGUAGAGAGGAGCAGGAGAGGAGACACCAGAUUGAGAUUAAGGCCCUGAAGGAGCGACUUGAGAUUGAGAAGCAAACAUGGGAGGAAAACUACAUGAAGAAAGAGGAGGUGUGGUUGUUGGGUCGUGAGCGGGAGUUGAAGGAGGAGGUGCGUCGGGGUCGGGACCAGGAGAUUGAGCUGGCCAUCCAGCGACUGGAGGAGGAGACCAGCGGAGCCAGAGAGGAGUGCGAGAGAGCCGCCGAUAACAGGGUGAAGCGUGUGCGUGAGAAGUACGAGGCCGAGCUGCGUGAGUUGGAAAGGAGUGAACGGCAGGCCACGGAGAAGCAGCAGGAGCUGAGGAGGAGGCAGACAGAUGCUGAGGCGGAGAUACACACACUCAACACACACCUCAGGCAGAGAGAACAGGAACUGGAGGACAUCACACAGUCACGUGACAAGCUAGCGGAGGAGCGCCGCAGCCUUGCAGAGGUGAUUCGUCAGGAGUUUGCGGAGCGCCUGGUGGAGACGGAGGAGGAGAGCCGGCGGCUGAAGGUGGAGGUGGCGGAGGUGCGCGCGCGACUCCGUCUGGAGGUGGAGCGGGUCUCACGGGAGAAGGAGGAGGAGCUGGAGGAGGUGCAUCACCGGGUGAAAUCAGCGAUUCUGAAGAAGGAGGAGACGGUAAACAACUUACGCAAGCAACACGAGGCGGCAGUGAAGAGAGCGGAUCACCUGGAGGCGUUGCUGGAGCAACAGCGGAAACAGCUGCUGGGGAAAUAGCACAGCGGCCCGGGACAUCAUCCCCCUGAAGGCCUCCUCCACACACCUCCACCAGCCCCCACAGUGCCCCUCAACUAUCCCCCUCCAGCCCCCUCUAGCCCCCCACCAUACUCCAAUAUGUCCUUCCUUCCCACCCCCAUGCACCUACAUGCCUAGAGCUCCCAUCCAUCCAUCCUGGCCGCCAUUCUCCAAUACAACGGGCCUGGAUCUACGUGCCUCUCCCCUCUUCCCCUGGUUCUGUCUGCAUGCAGAUGAGGAACCUUAUGGGGGCGAGACAUGCCAUUCCACAGAUGACCAGAACCUGGAACAAGAACCUGGACCUGAGCACCCGCCCACACACACCCACACAAACCCAGAGAACCUGCUUCCCCCACGGCUGGGCCCGUCUGCUGGGCAGAACAGGGCCACACAGAACUAGAACGAAAACUCUGGGUGUUCCGGAACAGAACAGGGCCAAACGGAACUAGAACUAUACUCUUGGUGUUCCAGUAACAGUAGUCCCAUGGGAAAGGUGUGUUCUUUACAGUGGGAACAGUGAGAGGAGACUGAAGAACUUUUGUUGCAACAAGAGAGAGGCGUCUGAAGAACUUCA